AUUACAUGAAUUUAAUCAUUUUAGUUCUGUCUUUGAAAGACUCUAAAUGGAAGUGUUUCAAAAUUAAUUCAAUAUUAGUGAUUCCAUGGCGUCCAAAAAUGUUUCACAUCUGAUAGAAAAGGAGGUGUGGACGAGGGCACUCCAGGGAACAUGGAAUAACGACGACAGUAAUUUAAAAGAAGAUGGCGAAGAGGAAACGUUCUAUGAGAAUUCAUUCACUGAAGUGAAAAAUCAUGGACAUACAAAUGAGGAUCUUACACCAAAGGCUCCGGCUUGGAAUGUUGAUUUUGUCACUUCUGAAAAAAAUUCUGUUAAAAACUCUUCGGAAAACACUGAUUCUGACGCUUCAGAGAAGUUACGUAAAAUGACACUGAGAAACAACAAAGACGAUCCUUCUAGUCCGGAGUGUUUGUCUUCUGUGUCAAACAAAGAAGACAGAAAGGGCGAAAAGUUACGCAAAGAGACCACCGAUAAAAGCAUUGAUGAAGUCGACUAUUUUGAUAGUGAGGAGGAAUACAUGGAAACACACGGACAAAAAUACGACGAGAGAAACCCUUUGGAUUUUUUCGAAGGAUUGUCCCACAGACCUUUACAAAGCAGAUACAGUGGAGGAGUCGAACAAUUCAGAAACAUACCUGUUUACAGACGAUCAAUACAAGAAUUUGCAGCAACUAAUCAUUUUGAUGUUUAUGAUGUCGUUCAUGACGGAAACUGUAUGUUUCGCGCCAUUGCUGACCAAUUCAUGAUCAACGGUCGGAUCGGAUAUACACCUGAGCGUCUGCGAUGUGCAGCAAUAGAUUACUUAAGAAAGAAUCCUUAUAAAAGAGACGGUGAACAUAUUCAGUCUUUCCUCUGUACCGAGUCCUGGCAGGACUAUCUCUCCAGAAUGUCCAAAUCGAAUGAAUGGAGUGAUCACAUAAUUCUCCAGGCUGUAGUUGAUGCCUAUAACUUGGAAGUCGUUGUCAUUAAUGUUUUCCUUGAAGACAUACGGAAAACUGUAGUUAAACCAGAAAAUAAAAGAAAUAGAACACCACUGCAAUUUUUUCUAGGACAUUUGGGAGAAUUUCAUUACCUGAGUCUGCGUCCAGACCACUGGGCAUCAUAUUGGCCCUAUAAGUCCCUCUUGUACAGACUCAUGGUGUGCUCAAAUAGACUGACUCCAACAGCAAGACAAGAACUGAUUCAGAAUAAAAUUACCGAAAUGGGGGCCAGUGAUCUGGUGAAUAAAGAAGAAUUUUUGGACAUGAUUCAACUUCCAGGUGGAAACAGAGAUGGAAUCAACACUGACCCUGAAAUGCCUUUAAAGCAAAAAGAUUUAACAGAAAGCCAUGGUGACAAUUUGUUCGAUUUUGACUCGUAUUGUUUAGAAGAAUUACAACUUCAAGAAACAGAGGAUUCUUCAGAAAGCGUCUUAUUUGAUCCCUUGCAUAUUGAUAUUUUAACUGGGAUUCCUCUCCCUCAUCUGUCCUACAUCAUCAAACAGUUGUUCCCACUCCAUAUGAUCAGCUCAUAUAGAGCGGCAGGUCGUCAAAUUGUAUUUCCUGAUAUAACCCUUCACUGUAUUGGGUCUUAUGCAGACGGAAUCAAUGUUUUCUUAAAAGACAUAAGCAAAAAUCAAUCAAAGCGUAGCUUUUAUAAUUCAGAAGGAGAAAAAUCGGUUGGAGAGGUUGUUAUCAUACCAAGAGACAAACAUGUACGACAUUGUGACAAAAUUGAAGGUCAAACCUCAGUAGUGAGUAUUUUUGCAGAUUCAACAAAUACCCACCCAGGGUACUGUCAAUUAAAAUUAGCCCCAUACGCAAUGGGAAUAAGGGAAAAGAAUAUUCUAUGCAGAGGAUCAGACAGGUUCCUUAAAGAGAUAGAAGUAGACGCCGUUGUCUCCCUUCAAGAGGAUGUCCAGAUCAAGUACACAGGAUUAUUUUGUGAUACAUUUCCACCACUAGCACAGGAAUGGAAAAAUCGACGAAGGAAAUUCACAUUUCCUUCUCACAAAUUAAUAGAAAAGGUUUUGAGAAUGAAAUGCACAUUGAUUAAAAAAGCUCAUCCGCGAAGCAAGGACCCUGAUAUAGAAUGGAAAUAUAACUUUUCUAUGGCUGAACAAGCAGUAAUUGUAGGCUUAUCUACUUCCCAAUAUCACGGUCUCUCCGUGUUCAAAGUUUUGGUCGAAAAUAUGACUAUUCAUCUGAUGAAAAAGUUAAAAAAUAAACAUUUGAAAGCUGUCUACCUGCGUACUCUUGAGGACAUACCAUGUGCAGCCUGGGAAACCAAUUUCAGUGGAUGCCUCCUCUAUACCGUGAGUGCUUUGGUAGACUAUUUAAAAGUCAGAUUCCUUCCUCAUUAUUUCAUACCAGCUAACAAUCUUAUUGAAUGUUAUUCAACUGAUGAAAUUGAAGCUAUUCGUGUCAAUGUUGAAUGCAUCCGAUUGUUUCCACUAACAGUGAUCCAAAAUAUUGCAGAAAACCAUGGCUAUCACUAUGCACCGAAGCUGAUACAAAUGGCUUUUGUAAAUUGUAGAACCUUUAGGGAUAAUAAGGACUUAAUGACCGUAUUUAUGAAUGCUUUCACACCUGGAACCGUGUGCUCUGUCAAAGUCAUGACGAGACUCGGAUGUUACGGAACUGCAUUGCAACUUUUGCGAUAUACCCACGAGCAAAUGCUUUUAAUGCCGAUGCCAACGGACUGUUAUGAGAUGCCAAGUUUUCUUGAAUUCUUUCACAUGGCUUUAAAAAGCUUGCGUCAAAAAUCAUCACGCAUUAUUUUAGCAAAAUUAUUCGACAUUCUAUUCAAGACUGAUAUAUCGCAAGAAAUUAUUGAUGAUGACGCAACAUAUGCUUUAAAUAUCCUGCCAUGGACGGUUGACUUUAAAAUUGGAUGGACGGAAAUUCCAGUAGAGAGAAGCACGGACUUUUUCUCUCUUGCUGAUUUCUUUUACGGAUACAGCGCAAGGGAAUUUGACAAACGAAAUUCAACAUUAUCCGAAUUGGCUAUUCUAACAGCGAUACGUUGUGUUAAAGAGGAAAUCAAAACAGAAACAAUUAUUUUGGAAGAAAUAGAAGAUGCGAGUUUGAAGGAAGAAAUUAAAUCUCAAAGAGACCAGAUGAUAAGGAAUCUGAAGAAGAGGCUUAAGACCUACUAUAUACAUAUGUACGCCAUUUCAAUGCAGUACCUUACAUUUGAACCAUUACAACACCACAUGGACGACAUUGAAAAACUCUCUGAUGAAUUUCCAGAAAUGGCACUGAGUGUCAGUAGUAUGUUUAGAUAUUUGGAAAGACAAGAUAAAGCUUUAGAAUAUGAACGCAGAUAUAAUACCAGUUUUCAGUGGAAGAAACAUGCCGGUACAUACUUGCCCUAGGCUACGAUUUAAAACAUUUUUUUUAAAAUCUCAUAAAGUCUCGUUUAAAGGUUUUGACAUUCUUGUUGACAGCUGUGUAUUUAAAUUUAGAGCAUAAUGUGAAAAAUAUACAUAUAUUUUGUAUCUAAAUGUGAAAGGGAAAUAGAAAUGGAAAAGGAAAUGUGGUUCUAAAAGAUUAUAUAUUAUUAUUAUUAUAUUAUG